UCUCUCGUGCUCGCUCGCUCUAUAGCAAACGAAAACGACGAUGUCGUCUACGCCGUCUUCUUCGUGUGCAAAGAAGAUCACCCUGAGAUGCUCGGACGGCCAGACCUUCGAGGUGGAGAAGGCCGUGGCGCAGAAGUUGCUGGCCAUCAAGAGGAUGAUCGAUGACGGCUUCGCGGAUGACGUGAUCCCCUUGCCGAACGUCACUGGCCCCAUCCUCGCCCGUGUCAUCAACUACCACGAGAAGCAUGGCCAAACGGCCCGGCCCUCCGAUGGCUCUUCGGUCUUGCCCGCCUCCUUAGACGCCGCCCCCCAAGAACAGGAGAUCCAGGAAUGGGACGCCGAUUUCGUCAACGUCAAUCCGGACACCCUCAUCGACCUCACUCUCGCUGCCAACUAUCUGGAGAGUCAGGAGCUGCUGGAUUUGACCUGCCGGGCUGUGGCGGAUCAGAUUAAGAGGAGGUCGGUAGAAGAAAUACGCGAGUUCUUUAACAUCGACAAUGAUUACACUCCAGAAGAAGAAGAAGAAGAACGGAGCAAUAUCAAAUGGGCAUUUGAAACAGAGAACUAACCUACUAUUUUUUCAUAUGAUGAGAGAAAAGUUAAUACAUAAUAUGAUUGGGUUGUUUUCGACAAACUGCUCUGUUUUCUUGUCCCACUUGUUGAAUUCUUGCAUUCAAAUAAAUUCUUCUUCCCUUC